GAUUCUUUGGUUAAGGUUAUUAUUAUUAUUUUAAAAGUUAAUAGCUAUGAGAGGCGAGUCGCAAGUUCAUCGCGAAGCGAAGAGUCGAGGGUCAAUUAGCCGUACCGGCUCACUCUGCCCCCUUGAGAAAAAUUUGCCGAAGCGAUUUCCUUUAAACUUGGUACACGGUUAGCUAUUGCCAUGAGGAAUUGAUCAACAUUAUUCCGAUUUGAAAACGUUGCCCAGGACGCCCGCUAUAGCGGAAAGUUGUUUCUGCGUAUGGCAAUUCAUUUAAGAUACGAAGUUGUUUACGCGCACCGCUCUGAACAGGUUGAAUCGUACCGCGUGACGUCACAGGAGCCCCCCUCGUAUGCCUCGAUCUCGUUCGAUCUUUCAACUGUGUGCCUGCCUUGCGAACAUUUCCAUCCCUUUACUCCUUUCACGUACAUAGUAUCAGCCUGCCUGCACAAAUCUUGGCAAAAGAAGUACUGCCUUCUUUUCAAAUCGAGCAAAUAUGGCAUUGAACGCUUGGAAUUGUUCGACAGCAAGGAGGAUGUUGUUUCCAAAGUCUCCUCUGCUCCCAUCAUCACCCUGGAGAAUUGUAUCAAGAUCACCCGAGAUGCUCAAAAACAUCAACCUCACGUUUUUGUUUUAGUGACGAAAGUCAGCAUUCAUCAUUUUGCGGCUAAUUCAGAGGAUGAAAUGGACGAGUGGCUCUCAGCUUUCCAGGCAGUUGCAUUCAAAGACAAUGUAUCAAGGCAAACAGUCGAAGAAGACAAUGACCUCUACUGUUCCUCAGGAGAUGUUGGGGUAUUUGAGGUGAGACUAUCCAAAUCUGAUGCAUCAGUUCGAUGUGGUUUGGAACCUGGAUCUUACACUCUUGUUGUUGCUCCUUCAGCUCUCCAACUGAGAAGCUUGAAGGAUCAGACUCUUUUAUUCACCUGGCCGUACAGAUUCAUUCGUCGCUAUGGAAUGCAUGCUGGUAAGAUUACUUUUGAAGCUGGCCGCAUGUGUGAUAGUGGUGAGGGUGUGUUCUAUUUUGAAUACUCACACCAGCAAGAAAUAUUCCGGUGCCUUUCCUUGAAAAUGAAAAGUAUGAAAAAACUAUUAAAUGGAGAAUCUUCAUCUAUCAUAUGUGGUGAGAACCAAUUUCAAGCUGCUCUGUCAAUGAUGGCAAGAUCUCGGAGUCCGUUGCCACCCUCCUCCGCCAGCACCACAUCUUUAUUAGACUCCGAUGCUUGCAGCAUUCCUUCCAUUAAGUCUCUAAUGCCUAUUAAAAAUCCCCCUCCUCCCCCUCCUUUAAAACCAAAACCAAAGAAACCCCCGAGAAAGCAUAUACUACCAAAACCAAGUAUUCUUAGCGAGAAUAAGUCUUCCAUCAAUGUUGCAGUAGAUGCAGGCAAAGACUUUAAUGACACUCAGAAUUAUGAUGACAUUGAGGUGAGGAAUGAAGCCUGGAAAACUCUCGGUAUUGAUACCAUGACCCACUCUGAAAACCCUUUUAUCUCAGACGUGACCAACUCAAGCUCUCAGUUGUCUGAUAUGUCGCAAACAGAGUUGCCCAAGGUUUUUAUUAAACCUAAUGCAAAUAUUGCUCACGAUGAUUACAAUACCUUGCAACAUUUUGGUCCAACUUUGAAAAUGAAUGUAAGUGGUUAUGAGCAGCUAAAUAAAUUUUCUAGUGGAAGUGUCCUCGGAUCAGUUAGAGAUGAUGAUAUGCAGGCCUGUCGGUUAGCAGAUGACUCUCACUAUGGAUAUGGAAUAAUUCGGAAGAAAACAAGUAAUAUUAAAAAAUAUGAUGUCUGUAAUGAUUUAGAAUACGCAGUUGUACACAAGCCAAAUCGAGUCUAGUCACAUUAGAAUCAAUUCAGUAGUUUGUGGUAUUCAAAUAAAAAUUCAGUUUGAAUACCCCUUCCAAAUGAA